UUGCCAAGAAGAAAAUAUGGAAAUAAUAAAUUCGGUAAAAACGGUGAUAUCAACUUUACUGAUAGUCCAAGCAUAUUUGGUGUAUGGGAAGACGUACUCAGAGUGCUUACAGGACGUAGAAAACGGAGUGUGUCAGAGAUACACCCACAUCACAAUCUGUACCAAUGACGGCGUCGUCCAUAACGGUGUAUGUGAUUAUCAAAGGGCCAUUUGUGAUGCCUUCUAUAACCGUCACAUUUCUCUCACGGUAAUAGGGACUGGAGCGAACGGUGUCUGUAACUUCACCCAUCAUGUCACUUCCACGUCCCCUCGCCCUCUCUCUAGUGUAGAGACAAACCUUUACCGAGCCAUUGCUGAUGGUAUUGACAAACGUCUCCUCAGGACACAGUCGGCAGGUACAGAGGUAUCAGAAGCCAUUAAAAUCUUCUCCAAACAGGAUCACGUCCAUUACGUCUAUGUCAGAAAUUCGGAAUGCUGGGCCCAAGACCUUGACCUUACCUGUAUGUCACCUUGGAACAGCAAUGGCCACAACCGUAAAGCAGGAACCUUGCUCUCUCCUCGGCAUGCUAUUUGGGCAAGGCACUAUAACAUGCCAAUCAAUACAACGUUACGUUUUGUUGAUAGGAACAAUAAGGUUGUGGAACGAAAGAUUAUCAAAAUCCAUGCUCUUCCUGUCCCAGCUCAUACGAACUAUCAUAGCGGAUACGACAUGAUGAUAGGGCUCCUUGAUCAAGACGUACCUUCCUCCAUUGCAUUUGCAAAAGUCCUUCCCAGAAAUUUCACGGAGAUAUAUGGUUCCCAUGUGAAUCACGCCCUUCCAGUUCUGAGUACUGAUUACGAAGAGAAAGCUCUCGUAGAUGAUCUCCGAAUGAUGCACGACAAAAUGGUCAGUCUUACUGCUCCAAGUUUGUCAUAUCGCCAUGCUUUCUAUGAGAGUAAAAUUGUAGGUGAUAGUGGGAAUCCCAGCUUCUUUAUAAUCGACAACCAGUUAGUGUUCUUGUUUGUCUUCACGUAUGGCGGGGCUGGUGCAGGCACUUCCGUACAGUAUCACUUUGACGACGUCAAUCACGUGAUGAAGAAUCUUGGUGGCGGAUAUUCUUUAACCGAGAUCGAUUUGUCCAAAUAUGCUAGUGACUCGCAAAUCACAAAUAUAUUUGGAUGAAAAUUGCUAUGAUAAGUUCUUAAGAGCUAAGAAAACAAGCAUUAUAUAUAUAGUCUUAUUACUCUUAUUAAAUUGAAGAAAAUUUUGUUCAUGACGAAAAUGAGUACACGCAAGAUAUCAUGAUGAUUU